AUGACCCCAGAGGAGGAAGGUUCCCAGGCAGGACCCCCGGAGCGGGUGCGUAUCCGGGUGGAGGAGCAGUCAUUCUCAGUGGAGAAGGCCUUGCUGCUGGAGAGCAGUGAGUACUUCCGUGCCCUCUUCCGCUCGGGCAUGAGGGAGAGCACGCAGGAGGAGAUUGGGCUGGGGGAGCUGAGUGCAGCCGGGUUCCUCGCCAUGCUGCGGGUGCUGGCAGGCGAGAGGCCCAUCCUUGGCAGCGAGGAGACCUUCCAGGCAGUGGAAUGUGCUGCCUUCCUGCAGGUGAAGCCCUUGGCCAAGUACUUGAUCCACUCCAUCAACUCUGACAACUGCAUCCUGCUGUACCAAGCCGCUGCCAUAUUCGGCCUCCUGGAUCUCUUCCACUGUGCUGCACUCUACAUCAGGGACAGCUAUGCUGAGCUGGAGGAGUACCUGGACUGCCUCUCCGAUGACCUGCUGGCCUAUGUGGAAGCCCUCCUACCCAGCACCUUUGUGGCAGUGGGAGCCCACACACCCACCUUCGAGUUCUUGGAGGACCUCUCCAGGACCAUCUGCUACUUGGACGAGGAGACCAACACAUGGAGGACCCUCUCCUGCCUUCCGCUGAGCGCCAGCACAUUCCUAGCCGGCAUGGCAACCAUGGAUAACAAGAUCUACAUCGUGGGCGGCGUCUAUGGGGCCAACAAGCAGGUGGUGGAGAGCAGCUUCUGCUACGAUGCUGAUGCCAAUGCCUGGAGCGAGUUCCCCAGCCCUCACCAGCUGCGCUACGAUGUCAGGCUGGUGGGCCAUGAGGGCUACCUCUAUGCCAUUGGUGGCGAGUACGAGAAGAUCUCGCUCAAGUCCGUGGAGAGGUACGACCUGGCCUCCAGCACCUGGACCUUCGUCUCUGACCUGCCGCAACCGAGCACGGCAGCGCCCUGUGCCCAAGCCUUGGGGCAGAUCUUCGUUUGUUUGUGGCAGCCACUGGACACCACUGUCAUCUACGAGUAUGAGACCCAGCAAGACGCGUGGCUUCCCGUCACCGAGCUCAAGCGACACCAGAGCUACGGGCACUGCAUGGUGGCCCAUCGUGACAACCUCUACGUCAUGCGCAACGGCCCCUACGACGACUUCUUGCGUUGUGUCAUCGACUGCUUCAACCUGACGUCCCGGCAGUGGAGCGCCCUGCCCGGGCAGUUCAUGAACAGCAAGGGAGCUCUCUUCACCGCCGUCGUCAGGGGUGACACCAUCUACACUGUCAACAAGAUGCUGACGCUCCUCUACUCCGUGGAAGAGGACACCUGGAAGCAGAAGAAGGAGCGGGCAGGUUUCCCACGCAGCGGCUCCCUGCAGACCUUCCUCCUGCGGCUGCCAAGACGUGACCAUGACAUCGCAACGUAGCUGGUCCCCCAUCCCACGUCAGGAUGCUCUCCUUGCACAUGGCCUCAGCUCUGCACUCACCGCUCCCCUGGGCUCCUCUCCUCCUCCACAGAGCUGUGCUCAGGUCCAGGGAUGCAUCAUGUUGGACCUUGGAGGUGACAUUAGACCCUGCCAGAGGGAAAGGGCAGCUGCUGUCUGCCUCUUCCUGCCCUGCACAGGCACAAAGUCUUGUCAGCCAUGAGCUCACAAGCCAGCUGUGUGCAGGACAUUGUGGCUUCUACAGAGGACAGAUACCAUAGAGAUGCAAACAUGGGAUUUAUUUAUUCUGACUGCACUCUAAGGGUGUGCAGCAUUCCAGCUCCUCUCUGCCUUGAUGGGAAAUCAUUCAUUACAUGCUGGAAUUAAAAUGAAAGCUAUAGAAAAG